AUGGCUGCCCGAGGUCCCGCUACCGGGCGUGGCACGAACACCCGCUUCGCGCAGUUCAAGCUCGUCCUCCUCGGGGAGUCUGCGGUGGGAAAGAGUUCGAUAGUCCUUCGCUUCGUCAAGGAUCAAUUCGACUCCUUCAGGGAAUCCACCAUCGGUGCCGCCUUCCUCACCCAGACCAUCUCCCUCGACGAGAACACGACAGUCAAGUUUGAGAUAUGGGACACCGCCGGCCAAGAGCGGUACAAAUCUCUGGCACCCAUGUACUACCGAAACGCCAACUGCGCCGUGGUUGUGUACGACAUAACGCAAUCCGCCUCCCUGGAUAAAGCCAAGGCGUGGGUCAAGGAGCUGCAGCGUCAAGCGAACGAGAACAUAAUCAUCGCCCUGGCCGGCAACAAGCUGGACCUGGUCACGGAGCAGCCCGACAAGCGAGCGAUUCCCGCCGCCGACGCCGAGGCCUACGCACGCGAGGCGGGGCUGCUGUUUUUCGAGACGUCGGCCAAGACGGCAGAGAACGUGCGGGAGCUCUUCACCGCCAUUGCCAAGAAGCUGCCGUUGGAUCAGGCCGGACCCCGGCAUGCCCGUCCGGGACAGCGACCCGGCGUCAGUUUGACGCCCGAAAGUGCCAACACCAACUCCGGGGGGGCCUGCAGCUGCUGA